CAGCGCAGCGUGUCCUGCGGAGGGAGGGAGCGCGAGCCGCGCCGCGGAGGACGGGCGAAGAUGGCGGCGUUCUCCGAGAUGGGUGUUAUGCCGGAAAUCGCACAAGCCGUGGAAGAGAUGGAUUGGCUUCUCCCAACUGAUAUCCAGGCGGAGUCCAUCCCGCUGAUCCUAGGAGGCGGCGAUGUGCUUAUGGCUGCAGAAACAGGAAGUGGAAAAACUGGUGCCUUCAGUAUUCCCGUCAUCCAGAUCGUGUACGAGACUCUGAAGGACCAGCAGGAAGGCCGGAAAGGGAAAACGACCAUCAAGACUGGUGCUUCAGUGCUCAACAAGUGGCAGAUGAACCCGUACGACAGAGGAUCUGCUUUUGCCAUCGGGUCGGACGGGCUGUGCUGCCAGAGCAGAGAGGUGAAGGAGUGGCACGGGUGCAGAGCCACCAAAGGGCUGACGAAAGGGAAGCACUACUACGAGGUGUCCUGCCACGACCAGGGGCUGUGCCGCGUCGGGUGGUCUUCCAUGCAGGCUUCCUUAGAUCUCGGUACUGACAAGUUUGGAUUUGGCUUUGGUGGGACAGGAAAGAAAUCCCAUAAUAAACAAUUUGAUAAUUAUGGAGAGGAGUUCACCAUGCACGACACCAUCGGGUGUUACCUGGAUAUAGACAAAGGGCAUGUCAAGUUCUCCAAAAAUGGAAAAGAUCUUGGCCUGGCGUUUGAAAUACCAGCACAUCUGAAGAACCAAGCCCUCUUUCCUGCCUGCGUGUUGAAGAAUGCUGAACUAAAAUUUAACUUUGGUGAAGAAGACUUUAAGUUUCCACCGAAAGACGGUUUUGUAGCUCUCUCCAAGGCGCCAGACACUUAUGUUGUCAAAUCGCAGCACACAGGCAGCGCGCAGGUGGCGCAGACCAAGUUCCUGCCCAACGCCCCCAAGGCGCUCAUCGUCGAGCCCUCCCGGGAGCUGGCCGAGCAGACUCUGAACAACGUCAAGCAGUUCAAGAAGUACGUCGACAACCCGAAAUUAAGGGAGCUUCUGAUCAUUGGAGGUGUUGCAGCUCGGGAUCAGCUGUCUGUCCUGGACAACGGGGUAGAUAUAGUCGUGGGCACCCCGGGAAGACUAGAUGAUUUGGUGUCGACGGGAAAGCUGAACUUGUCCCAAGUUAGAUUCCUGGUCCUGGACGAGGCCGAUGGGCUUCUUUCUCAAGGUUACUCUGACUUUAUAAAUAGGAUUCACAGCCAGAUUCCUCAGAUUACCUCUGAUGGAAAAAGACUUCAGGUGAUUGUUUGCUCUGCUACUUUGCAUUCUUUUGAUGUCAAGAAGCUGUCUGAGAAGAUCAUGCAUUUUCCCACGUGGGUCGAUCUGAAAGGAGAAGACUCCGUUCCGGAUACCGUGCACCACGUCGUCGUCCCCGUGAACCCCAAAGCGGACAGGCUCUGGGAGAGGCUUGGGAAGAACCACAUCAGAACAGAUGAGGUGCACGCAAAAGAUAACACACGGCCUGGAGCUAACAGUGCGGAGAUGUGGUCCGAAGCCAUCAAGGUCCUGAAGGGGGAGUACGCCGUGCGGGCAAUCAAGGAGCACAAGAUGGACCAAGCGAUCAUCUUCUGCAGAACCAAAAUCGACUGUGACAACCUGGAGCAGUACUUCAUGCAGCAGGGAGGAGGACCGGAUAAAAAAGGACACCAGUUCUCCUGUGUGUGUCUUCACGGUGACAGAAAGCCUCAUGAGAGAAAGCAAAACUUGGAAAGAUUUAAGAAAGGCGAUGUCAGGUUCUUGAUUUGCACAGAUGUAGCUGCCAGAGGAAUUGAUAUCCAUGGCGUUCCUUACGUUAUAAACGUCACCCUGCCCGAUGAGAAGCAGAACUACGUGCACCGCAUCGGCCGCGUGGGGAGAGCGGAGAGGAUGGGGCUGGCCAUCUCCCUGGUGGCGACAGAAAAGGAGAAGGUCUGGUACCACGUGUGCAGCAGCCGCGGGAAGGGCUGCUACAACACGAGGCUCAAGGAGGACGGGGGCUGCACCAUCUGGUACAACGAGAUGCAGCUGCUGUCUGAGAUAGAAGAGCACCUGAACUGCACCAUUUCCCAGGUGGAGCCGGAUAUAAAGGUGCCAGUGGAUGAAUUCGAUGGGAAAGUGACCUAUGGUCAGAAAAGAACAGCUGGUGGUGGGAGCUACAAAGGCCACGUGGAAGUGCUGGCACCUACGGUUCAGGAGCUGGCCGCCCUGGAGAAGGAGGCGCAGACGUCCUUCCUGCACCUUGGCUACCUCCCCAACCAGCUGUUCAGAAGCUUCUGAUUUUCGCAAACCCCGAGUAAGAUUUGAGUGAGAAAGGUCUGUAGCCUCAAAACUCUAAACCAGUUGAACUGCUUCCAAGCAGCAAUAUUUAUAGUAACUGAAGCUGUUAAUGCUGACUCUUGCAUGUCAGGAAACACGGAACGUUAGUCCUCCGAAUUGUUCUUAAAAUGACAACCUAACGAAAGUAAUAAACUUGGUGAUGACUGUA